AUGGCGCCCGCACUCGGAAAACGGAAGCGUGUAACGCGCGCGGAACUCGAACAAGCGUCGCGAUCACCUUCUCCUUCCUCUGGUUCGAGCGACGACUCCGGCGCAGGAGAUCUCCAGGCGAUAUUCCGGCGCGCAUUCGAAGCAAAGUUCAAGCCUCUACCCGCAGAGCCCAAGAAGCCCAAGAUAGAAGAAACGCCCGUAGAAGAAGAACCAGAGGAGGAAGAAACAGACUGGUCAGGCAUAAGCGACAACGAAAAUGGCGUCGAAGUCAUCGAGUAUCAAGACCCACGGCGUGAGCUCGACGAGACCGAACGGGCAGAGAUGAAAGCCUUCAUGUCGUCUAAACCACCUACUUCGGCAUCCACUUCCUCGAAAACCGUGACAACCAAAAAGAAGCAAGACGAUGCCGACUCCAACGAAACUACAAAUCUGAAAAACGACAUGGCGCUUCAAAAACUCCUUCGCGAAUCACACCUUCUCUCUGCCUCCUCAUCCGGCACCUCAACUCCCACACUCACCACCACCGGUGUCGCACGACAUAAAUCGCAAGACCUGCAUCUCCAAGCUCUCGGCGCCAAAGGCUCAAUCUUCACGCAGAAGAAGAUGCCAAUGGCACAGCGGAAACACAUGAUAGAUAAAGCGCGAACGACGGAAGAGAAGAGGCGGAAGGAGGCAAAGGAGGCUGGUAUCGUUCUAGAGAGGGAAAAUAGGGUUACUAAGAAGGCGCCUGAGAAGAAGAGGGAGAGGGGUGUUGGAGGACCGAGUAUAGGCAAGUUUAGGGGCGGCACGCUGAGUUUGAGUAAGAAGGAUGUGCAGAGUAUUACGGGGGGUGGGGGUGCGAAGGGAAAGGGAAAGGGGAAGAAGGGGAAGAGAUGA